GUUUACAAACGUGUUUUCGAAGUUUUUGAUGGUUCAGUCUUCGUAAAUUUUUUGCCGGUAUUAUCCAGGGGCAGAAUCUUGUCUGAGUAGCUUUGGUCGACUCAUGGUUUAAAUAAUAACAUCGUAGAACAAAAGAAACUAUGCUUUGAUGCUCGUGUAUUAACUUGAGGCGAUGGAUAGCAAAACAGUACGAAGAGUGGAGGCAGCUAAGCGUAAAGCUAGAGCAGGUUGGUUUUUGUUUAGUGCACGUAGCUGUUUUGAUCUCUUUUCGAUGUAGGUGAUUAAUUUUUGUUUUUAUUUUAUUUGAAUGUUUCCUUUUUGAUGAACAACAGAAUCUCAUUAUAAUCAAAUUUGUGGUAUACUCUAAAUAAUAUAAAUUUGAUCCGGAACUGAAAUAUAAAAAAUAUUAAAUUAAAAGUUAAAUAUAACCAAAGGGCCUAUCUUGCCAUAGAAAUUCACCCAGUACGCAAUUACCAAUUAGUAAACAACCAAAAUAGCAGAUAAAUAAGAGAGUUAAGACGUGAACAUAAUUUUGCUGAUGCUGGUGUUGUGGUGCGCUGAGUUCCUGCCCCGACUGUGGGAGGGACACUUCCUUAUUUGUCUUAAACAGGUUAUGGUUUUUAAGGGUGCAACCCAAACAACCCCUAGAUCUACCCAAGUUACCUUUGUCAUGGUCUUUGUUAGAUCUACAAGGUAUACAGUGGUGUAAAACUUACAAAGCUUUCUUCUGCCUUCGAUAUGCAUUAGCCCAGCUAAACAACUAUGUUUUUCCUUUUUACAUAGAACUGAAAAGUGAAGAGGGCUGGACAAAGUUGAAUUAUGCAGAGGAGUUUGAUACCAGCCUUGAAAGUGUCAGAGAUAAUGUCCCCAGACUGGACUGCAAUAAAAUUUCUAAAUCAGAGUUUGUUGAAAGAUAUGAAAAACAAAGAAUUCCUGUUGUUCUGACCCAUGCAAUGGAUCACUGGAAAGGAAUGAGGAAGUGGACAGUUGAGGUAUGAAGCAAAAAUUGCACUCUACAUUAUCAGUGGCUACAACCGGUGACAAAAUUGUUGAGACGCUUUCCUAAAAAGAGGUGUUUUGUGGUGCCCUGAUAAAGGUACCCCCCACCCCUUCCCCCUGCCCCAGAUGGUGGUGAGUGAGUUAAAUCGUACACGGCAAGCGCAAAAGCAAUACAAGGGAAAAAAAGUGAGAUGAGAGCAAGGGAUCCCUCCCCUUUUCAGCUUAAUUUUGUCCAAUUUUUUGCCUGCUCCGUACUAUCUGUAUGCCUGGAACAGGCUAAUCAGUAGCCUUUCAUUUGCUACACAAUAUCUGCAGACAACCAGAAAAAGAUUGUAUAGCGAUAAUUCAAUACAAAGCAGUGCCUACAUAAAGUGGAUUCAAAAUACUUCCUUACAGCUUCCCUCCUACAGAUAAGAUCUUACUUUAUUAGAUCUUAUUUGUUUGUUUGUUUGUUUGUUUGUCAUGGUUGUUGUUGUUGUUGAUGUCCCAUUACAGAUCAUGUGACUAUAUUGUAAGGAAUGUUCUCUUUCAAUUCAAAAUUGGUCAUAUUCAUGAUGGCAUGUACUGAACAUUUUCAAUGAGACCGAUGUAUGGGCCAUUAGCAUAUAGUGCAGAUAAGAUCUUCAGUAAACCCUCUCUUUAUGGACAACUCUCUUAGACAGAUAUUUCAAAAAGAUGAACACCUGAUGUUGGUCCCUUUCUUUUUAUGUUUUACUCAUUUUAUUGUAACUUAUCUCUAACUCUCUGCUCCUUCUUCAACCUGAAUAGUAGUCAACUCUCUCGACAGCUGUAUUUUGUCCCAGUGGUGUCUGUCUUUGAGAGUUGACUACUAUUCAGGUUGGAGAAGGAGCAUGCUUCUGGCUUGGUACAUGCUGACUGGUCUCUAUAAGACAGCUUAAGACAGUGAUUUAAUAAGUUUGGAUUACAAAAUCAGUUCAUCAGGAAUUUUAAGAUGUCUUCUAACAAUGUAUAAUAUUCAUAGAAACUGGCAAAGAAGUACAGGCAUCAAAAGUUUAAAGUAGGUGAAGAUGACGAUGGCUAUGCUGUGAAAAUGAAAAUGAAGUAUUAUACAGAGUACAUGGCACACCAGAGAGAUGAUAGUCCUUUGUACAUAUUUGACAGUUCAUUUGGUGAGGUAAGGAUUGCAAAGGAGAUUUACUAUAUUGCUAGACUAUUUAGACAGCAAAGUCCACAAAAUAAGUCAAUUGUUUAACCUCAUUUUGCAUCAAGCAAAAGCUUAAGAAUUCAUGCAUACCCUAUCGCAAAAAUGAAGAACCCUUUCAAAAAGAAAAUCUGUUAAUAUAUAUAUAUAUAUAUAGAAAGUAAACUUCCGUGUCGAAUGAAGAUACUAUAAACAAUGAAAAAUGAAAGUCUUCUUUGCUUUUGCGCUACGCGUUUCACCACUGUUGCGACUCUUCAGGCAUAGCAAAGUGUUUUUAUUAACUUAUUACGUCACAGACGUAAUUGUAAUUACAAUUAUAAUGGCUCUUGUAAUUCGUAG